AUGUCUAUGGAACAGAGUAUUAGCUUGGAAGAGACCAACAAGAUUCGUAUUUCCCUUGGUCUCAAGCCUUUGACCGAUGACAAAGCUCCUACCGAAGACAAGGAAAAGACGGCUGAGGAGAACUAUGCGAAGCUAAGGGAAAAGGAGGCAAAGGAGCGCGAAGCAAAACAAAUCCAGGAUCGCAUAGCCAAGGUACGAAAUCGACGGGAACUUAAUGCUUCGUUGAAAGGUGCAACUUUGGGUGAUGCAGAUGGAGACGUAGACGACACCUUGAAAUGGCUCAAACGGAGUAAAAAGAAGGAAAAGGAGCUUGCAAAGAAGAGGCAGAAGGAGCUGGAGGAGAUGGAUAAGGCCAUUCAGGCCGAAUACUCGGAGCGUGACCUCGCUGGCCUUAAGGUCAGCCAUGACUUUGACGAACUGGGAGAGGGCGAAGAUAGAAUCCUCACGCUGAAGGAUAGCCAGGACGAGCUACAGAACAUCGAGAUGGCGGAGGAGGAGCGCCGGAAGAAGAACCAGGAGCUUAGAAUCAAGAAGCGCGAUUACACUGGUUAUGAUGACGAUGAAUUCGUCGAAGGGGCCCAGUUCAACAUGAAGCGUUCAAUUCUGGCAAAGUAUGACGAAGAAAUUGAGGGUCCGAAACAAUCGGAAUUUCGGUUAGGCUCUUCCACAUUAUCACGGAAAGCUAAGCAGGAAGAAGCCAAGCAACAAGCAGCUGCAGCUGUGAACAAGUCACUCUUGUCAAUUGACUAUGCCAAGAAUUUGGAGACGGCGGAUUACCUGCAAGAAGGCGACGUUGGCUUUAAGAAACCUAAGACUAAGAAGAAGCGUUCAUCUCGUCGCGCGCCUCUCGACCCAGAAGACGGGGACGACAAAAUGGACGUCGAUGUAAAACCAGUGCCUAUCGAACGGGACCUGAACGCCAACUUCGUCGACGAUGACGACCUCCAAGCAGCUCUUGCACGAUCACGCAAGGCCAAGCUGGCCAAAGCCAAGAGGCUAUCCCCAGAAGAGCUGGCAAAAAAGAUCGCAGAGCAACGGGCGCGGGAAUCAGCUGAGGUCAAGCAUGAGGAAGAGGAUGAGGGUGGACUCGUCUUUGACGAGACAUCGGAAUUUGUUCAAGCGGUGGGAGUAAACCCCAUCGUGAAACCUAAACAAGAACCCAAGGAGCCCCAAAUCCCAGAUGCAACAGAAGCAAAACCCGCCCGACGUUCAGAGUCUCGCGAUGUUUCGAUGGCCCCCGGUGACGUUCCGAUGCACGAACUCGAAGCAGGCGAGGUUCGUGUUAAGGAUGAGGAGGACGAAGAGAUGACCAUGGCCAUGCUUGACGACAUCGAAACAGCCUUCAAAGACGAAGAGAAGGACGUGAAACAAGAGGAGGAAGAUCUGGGUGUAGGUACCUCUUCCGAGCAAACGUUCAACUCCGGAAUGGCCGCCACGCUCAACAUCCUCCGACAACAAGGCAUUCUCGCCGCACCAACAGAGGAUCAACUCGCUCGCGAAAGGACACAGAAGCAGCGCGAUCUUUGGCUUGCAGAGCAGCGGUUCAAGAUCGCGAAAAAAGAGUUGGAGAAGUACAAGGGCAACAACCGUGACCAGGCUCAGCGUGAAUACGACAACCGACUACGGGAGGUUCAAGAAAGGAGGCAGAACAUGGAAGACUUCAACAAUGGAUACAAACCUGAUGUCAAUAUUGCUUACUAUGACGAGCAUGGAAGGGAGCUCUCAGUGAAGGAGGCUUGGAAGGCUCUUUCGCACAAGUUCCACGGCAAAGGCCCGGGCAAGAUGAAGACGGAGAAGAAGUUGAAGAAGAUUGCUGAAGAGAAGAAGAAAUUGGCAAUGGCGAGUGGCGACACCCCCCUAAGUAUGAACAAGGCUUUCCAGCAGCGUCAAGAAAAGUUAGGCCAAGCCCACUUUGUGUUAUCUGUUGGAAACCGAGGUGCUAUCCCGCAAGCCGCCGAAUUCCUGGAGACCCAGCCGCUCCAAAAGGGCAAGACCGAAAAAACGAAGAAGAAGAAAGAGAGCAAGGCCGGGCAACUGGUGGCCGAAGGAGGAUUUAUGACUCUUCCUGCACCCGCGAUGCAAACUAUCUCAAACGGUACUUCAGGGAGCGGCAGUGCCUCUGGUUCACCUGCACCGAAGCCCGGAUUCUCUCGCAUCUCUUCUGUUGCGGCUACGCCGAUCAACUCUGAACCACAGAGUCAAGGCGGUACCCCUGUGCCACCAGACCGUGUCAAGGUCGCUUUCGGUCUUGGAGUCAAGCGGAAGGCUGGGGAGGAAGCAGCCGGCUCACCUCCACCUAAGCGACGAUAA